AUCUCAACUACCAAGGAACCUUCUAGAUCGUUUGUGACUGCUCAUACUCAUCAUUUACUGUCCUACUUGACUCUUUAUACAACCACUACUACUCCAACUGAACUAUACAUCCACCCAGACUGUCGAACAGUACCACCGACAGAACCAUCCUCUUCAUUCCUAAGAAAUUCAGAAGCACAUCCAAAGCCAUGCCUGAAUCAGUCAAAUCUACCUCCGCCCUCGACGACGCUUCGUCCAGCUACAGCGUCUCCUCCACCGCAUCAACCUUGAAAGACCUCAAAGCCACGAGCAAGAAGUGGCUACCUAGUAAAGAGAAGAAGGAGGAGACCAAGUCAUCUCCACCUAAGUCUGCCUCGCCUAAGCCUGCCAAAGAAAAGAGCCGUGCCCCGUCCACCAACUACACGACUCUCGCUACAUACCUGUCAUUGAAAUGAUAGCAUAUCUGCAGUUGGGUGCUGGGCAUACAACAUGGAUGAGAAGGAAGGAGGAUAUCAACCAUAACGAGGAUAUGCAUGCGCUUUCUAUAGAUUUUGAUUGUUUGCUGGUUUUGUGCUAUGGUGAUGGCGUCGGAGUUGGGUAAAAGCUGCUUUGAUGGACUUCUUGUUAUACGACUGGGAAAGAUUGAUGCUUGUUUUAUUACAAACCUAAUCAGCUGUUUUAUCUUUUAAUUCCUAAUUUAAUUCAAAUCCAUAAUUGAC